UUUUAGUUAAGUCGCGAACGUUAGUGCCAUUAGUUGUUGGGGUUGCGCGCUGCUCUUGGCUCUUGGCGGUAUUGUGGUGGGCUUCGUCAGCAACUUCUUCGGGGGGUACAUUUCGAUCGAGAACACGCGCGAUAUCCACCCGUUACUUAGACGGAAAGGAAAAAGUUUGCCGAUCGAGAUCGCGCGGCGGAUUUUCAGUUCGAUUUCGGCGUUAGACGGAUUAAGGCUCGCGUGCGGCGGUCGGUUUAGAAAGAGGAAGUCGGGAAUCAUCGGAGAUCGAGAAGGCGAUCGAUUGGAUAAGAUUUUGCUUCCGUUUCGGUGUGGAUAAAUUUGGAGAAGAGGAAUCGAUAUUUAGUUUGCAAUUUGAUGGUUUAAGUGAGAAAAAAGCUUCAAGUUUUGCAAAGAGUUAUUUGGAUGUGAUUUGAAAAAUUCGAAAAACGUGAAAUCGUAAGAACGGAGACGAAUGUAACCUGAUUGGAAAAUCAACGGAUUUGUUUCUCGUGUUUGAGUUGAAAUCAAAUCGAAGAAGAAUAUUGAUGUGAACUAAGUGGCGUGAUUGUAGCAAAAAAGUUUCAUUCGAAAGGAAUUUCUAUCAUCAGUACACGUGAUUCAGAAGUGGCACAUAUCAUCUCUAUUGUCGCAUCCAGAAGUUCAGAAAAAGGUUAUUGAUCCAGUGUCGUGUGCAGUGUUGAAUCCCUUACACUAGUUCGAGCAAUCCUGCUGUGUAGAGCGUGGAGUGACAAGUGCCAAGUGCAGCCAAUUCUAGUGCAGUCAGCAACAGAGCAACAGCAGCAGCAGCCAAUCGCACGAUGGAUACCCUGCUACGUUACCGCCGUAUGCCGUUUCCCAAAAGAUAUGCAGAAUUCGUGGCCCUGAUUGCGAUCUCGUGCACCCUGUUCCUGUUUCUGCACACCCAAAGUCUGACGACGAGGCUUCGCGAAAUGGAAGAUAAAUUGCAGCCAUCGUCAUUAAUGUCAAGCAGCGGUUUGAGUGGUAAUUCAAUUAGUCAAGUUGCAUCGGCCGGAUCUGCAGCCAACCAGGGCCACGGUCAGCAGAACCAGCAUCGCGGCCUAGUGCCGGCGGACAGUAAUCUCCAUCAAACGUACAACUAUCUCAAAAGCACUGGACAGAUGCAAACGCUAAGUGCGCGUGACUUGAACAACACCCGUCGUGCUGAAGUCCCGAUCAUAUUCUUCAACCGAGUCCCCAAAGUUGGCAGCCAAACGUUCAUGGAACUUCUGCGUCGCCUGGCCAUCCGCAACGAGUACACCUUCCACCGGGACGUAGUUCAGCGUCUGGAGGUGAUCCGUCUUUCUCCUGAUCGCCAACAGGAACUCGCCGAAAUGGUGUCCGAUCUCCCGAUGCCCUCCGUCUACGUGAAGCACGUUUGCUACACCAACUUCACUCGGUUCGGCCUUCCGAUGCCCAUCUACGUCAACAUGGUACGUGAUCCAGUCGAGCGUAUUAUCAGCUGGUACUACUACAUCCGAGCUCCAUGGUACUUCGUCGAACGUAAGCAGGCCUUCCCCGAUCUACCACUGCCGGACCCACGUUGGCUGAAGAAAGACUUUGAAACUUGUGUCCUUCAGGGAGAUCCAGAAUGCACCUACGCCCAGGGAGCCAUCCACGAGGGCAUCGGAGACCACCGUCGGCAAACUCUCUUCUUCUGCGGACACGAUGAACAGUGCCUUCCCUUCAACAGCCAAGGAGCCCUGGAGCGUGCCAAAUACGCCGUCGAAAGCCAAUACGCCGUCGUCGGAGUGCUCGAAGACCUCAACACGACCCUCGCCGUGCUGGAACGGUACGUGCCCAAGUUCUUCUCCGGUGCCGCGAAUGUCUACUUCAACGAAGUGAACCUUCUGCAGAAGAUCAACAAGAACAACUUCAAGCCCCCGGUCAGCCACGAAAUCAAGGAACUGGUCCGACGAAACUUCACCCGGGAAAUCGAAUUCUACCAGUUCUGCAAGCAGCGGCUGUACAAGCAGUACCUCGCCACGCAGCUGCCCCACAAGUGAAUCAAUCACGGCAGCCAGUUCCGAUUUUAAUACGAGCUCCCGGUGAAGGACUCUGCGGGGUCCGGCAUCUCCUCGUGAUACCGAAAGUUCCACCCAUUUCGCCGCACUCCAUGUCGUCGUUAUUCGUUGUCUUCAUGUUAUCAUUUACUCUAAUACCACACUGCUAGUUGCUAUGCAUGAUCAAUCGCGACCGAAAUAAGUCGCGUACCAGAUUCCUUAUUAUUUAUGAUAAACCGCGUAACAACCUUCACAUGCACAAAGCGAAUCAUUCGAUUAUUUAAGUAAGUUAAUGCGACCAACCAUGAUUAUUAUUAGGUUCGAGAUUUUAAAUUGCCGUUUGUGUUACAGAAAUAAACUGAACAAGUUGAAUGUGAUAA